AUGCGUCCGUUCAAGACCCUGCUCGCAGUUGUUGCCUCCAUCCUCUUGCUUGGCGUUACCAGCGCUCUCCCCGCCUCCGAGGACUCCAACGUCGCGCUGGUCUCGAAUAUUGAGGCCGAACGCGUCAUCCAACACAACGGGCCUCUGCGCUCUCUCAAAACUACAAAGACUAACGAGGGCCUACAGGACGAGGAGCGACUGGACCUUUCCUUUUUGAAAAAGCUCCCGGGGGUGUCGUCGCUGAGGAAAGCUGCAGCUGCACACCAGGCCGCAGUAAAGGCGAAAGCAGACCAAAAGGCCGCGGAGCUGGCCAACCUGAACAAAAUGUUCAACUUCUUGGGGACUAGUGACGACCAGCUCUUCAAGAAGUUCGAGAUGUGGUUCAACUCCAAGAUUACUCCAGCGGAAUCUGCGAAAAAUCUGAUGGCAUUUGGCGGACGGGCAGAGAAAGAAGCCGAUAGAAUUGCGAAGCUCUACAUCCGUUGGAAGUCCAUCAAGGAACAGGGAAUGCGUAACUUUUAG